GCGGAUGUCCCACCCUCAGGCUGACCCGGGCUGCUGUGGCCCGGCUGCAGAAAUGAUGGCGGGUUUGACCGAUGUGCAGCGGCUACAGUCCCGAGUGGAGGAGCUGGAGCGCUGGGUGUACGGGCCAAGCGGGACUCGAGGUUCUAGGAAGGUGGCUGAUGGUCUGGUCAAGGUGCAGGUGGCUUUAGGGAACAUUGCCAGUAAGAGGGAGAGGGUGAAGAUUCUCUACAAAAAGAUUGAAGACCUGAUCAAAUACCUGGAUCCUGAGUACAUUGAUCGCAUUGCCAUACCUGAGGCCUCCAAGUUGCAGUUCAUCUUAGCAGAGGAACAGUUCAUCCUCUCCCAGGUGGCACUCUUGGAACAGGUGAACGCCUUGGUGCCCAUACUGGACAGCGCUUCUAUCAAAGCUGUUCCUGAGCAUGCUGCCCGCCUGCAGCGCUUGGCGCAGAUCCACAUCCAACAGCAGGACCAGUGUGUGGAGAUCACUGAGGAGUCCAAGGCUCUCCUGGAGGAGUAUAACAAGACUACAAUGCUGCUCUCCAAGCAGUUUGUGCAGUGGGAUGAACUACUCAGCCAGCUAGAGGCUGCCAAGCAAGUGAAGCCAGCAGAAGAAUGACAGCCGCUCCCCAUGUCCCCAGCAGGGGAAGACAGGCAGGCUCCAGGGCCUCACACCAGCCUGUCUUUAUAAAGCGGAGACAGCAAGUCUCUGAAUUCAAAUACUACCUGUCUGUGUUCAACUGGGGGCUCUGAGGUCAGAGGUCAGGUUUACCUUAGAGUCAUGAUUUGUACUCCGUCAAUGUAUUUAUUCCAGUGACAGUAAACUGCAGAUACCACAAAA